CGCCGCCCUCCCCACCCGCCCCCUCCCCAUGCAACGUCUGCGUUACUAUUACCAUUAACCCGCCAACCGACUUUUCCGGAAACCCCUACUCCUUCGGCCCCAACGUCAGCUGCAGCGCUCUUUCCUCGCUCAUUACCAACGGCCUAACCACCACCGCAGCAGAUUACGGCGUGGUCAUUUCCACGCCCUUCACCAUGAAAUCCUGCUCCACCGCAUACGAUCCAAUCGCACAGCCGAGGGUUACGCCCACCAUGCAAGUGUGCGGCGGGUUUUACUCGGCUGUGGAGAGCCAGAAGCUGCAGCUGGACGUCGGGGAGCUGCUCAAGGGCUGGGUGCAGUUCGUUGUAGGAAGCGCGCAGUGCCCUGCGUACCUGGACGGUUACAUUGUGGACGGAUUUGUGCAGCCGGAUGAUGGAAGCAGUUGCUUGGUGGGGGAAUACGUGAACAGCUGCUCCUCAAAGGCUUUCCCGCUGCCGCCGCCGCCACCGUCCCCACCAACAGCGCCAGCAACGCCGCCACCGCCUUUCUCGUUUGUGCAGACUCACAUCUGCCCCCAGUCCAAUGCCAAUGUGCCGUACAUUCUCUCCCCCAUCCAAGUCUCCAAGGGCAGGGACCUGCAAGGCAACGCGGCGACGGUCAUGUGCACAAGCGUCGUGACGCAGACCUGCGACCCCUCAGCUUCCUGCUGCGACAUGGACUUCUCGAAGGUCGAGCUGUUACUGAACACGGGGUGCAAGGGUGACCUGCGCCGUACCACCAUUAACGGAAAGGACGUCUCCACCAGCUGGCAAACUUACACCGGAUUCACAGCGCUCAAGUUCACCAACCUGCUCACCCUCCUGUCGAACCCCACCGAUGCCACGAUUUGCUGGUACAUUCGUAAUGGCGCCUGCAGCACUCCCUCGGCCUUCUGUUACAAUGGAAGCUGCCAGGCUGACGUCUUCUCGUCAGACAACAAGUGCUGCCCUGCCAACCUUAUCUGAGGAUGAUGGCUAACUGCUGCGGGUCACAGCAGUAACCGAACAAUGUCAGCAGCAGCUGUAUCAUUCGGCGAGGUCAAUUACGCGUGUGCGCCAUUGCGCGCCGCUACCGACGAAGUACGACAGCAGCCACGGGACCUUACUUGCCGCCGGACCAGCAUUGCAUGCUGGCCGCCGUUCGUACGGCAUGGAUGGACCCCUGCCGUACGUCUGAUGUUUGAACAUGCUUCCAAGUUUGGACAUUUGACGGCGACGAGUCCGACGAAUAUCUUUGCGCAGCCGCUGAUACGGAAUGAGCAUUUGGUUGUGUUGUUCUAGGGUUAGUUCCGCCAUCGUGGCCUAUCCUGCUAGGAGAUAAUCCACCUGCGCAUUUCCAGGUGUAAGCUGCUGGGGAGGUGUGUACUUCCACGCUACGUGCGUUUCCUGGACUGAUGAUGUAGUGCCGCUGUGCAAGUGCUGCUUCAACCCCUCUUGUUCGUGCUUGUAAUUGUGCGUUAUUCAUAAUUGAAGGCGUACGCAGUGCGCAGUUUAUUGUGUCGUAGUUUAUUGUGUCGUCGGAUUGAUGAUCGAUUAUGUUGAUGCUGAGAGCAUUUGGCUGAGCCGUCGUCCUGCACUAGGUGCGUGCCGGAAUGCACGAUUACUGUACGCUUUGGCAUCCUGAUGGAAACUUAGGGAAACUGUUGCUUGACGGAAAACUAGGACACCAGGUCGGCGCGUGAUGAUGAUGAUAAUUUCAAGCUAGGGGCUCGUUAGGCCCGGACUAGCCAGGACCGCUGCAAAGGCAAACAGAAAGGUG